GUGGUGAUAGUGACCUACACCAUUGCAAUGCAGCCCUGUAGGUGGACACGUUGCGAAACAUGCACGCGGAAACUUGCGUGCCCACGUCUCCGGGAUCCAGGGCAGGCUGUCGAUCUCCAACAUGGCGGCGUUAGCAGCUAAGAAGAAGGGGAAUAAGAAGGUGAAGACCCUAUCUCUGACUGACUUCCUUGCUGAUGACAAGGGGGGCAAUGCUCCCACAAGUUACGCUCCCACCAAGCCCGCUAGCAGCUGGGCAGACGAGACAGAUGACCUGGAAACAGAGGUGUCCACCUCCUGGCAUACAGAGGAGGAUAUGUACAGGGCCCCAGCCAUCGACCGCUCCAUCCUGCCCACAGCACCCCGUUCAGCCCGGGAGCCAAAUGUUGACCGCUCCCGUAUCCCCCGUGGUCCCCCUUACACCGCCUUCCUGGGCAACCUGCCCUACGACGUCACUGAGGACUCAAUCAAGGACUUCUUCAGGGGUGUGGGGAUCAGUGCAGUGCGUCUUCCUAGAGAGCCCAGUAACCCAGAGAGGCUGAAGGGUUUUGGCUAUGCUGAGUUUGAUGAUGUGGAAUCCCUCCUGAGUGCCUUGAGUCUAAACGAAGAGAACUUGGGAAAUAGAAGAAUCCGUGUGGACAUUGCAGACCAGUCUAAUGACAAAGGGAGGGAUAAUCACUCCAUGGGUGGCCGGGACAGGGACCGGGGGGGAGACUUUGGCCCAGACAAGACAGACUGUGAUGACUGGAGGGCUCCUCGGCCCAGUGGAGGAGAGAGUGACGACGGGCCGCCUCGGAGAGACGACGCCUUUGGAGACCGGUCACGGGACCGCUACGAGUCAGACAGGCCCAGAGGAGAUGAUCGCUACGGAGGGGGCCAGGACAGGUUCAGGGAUCGCUAUGAUGACCGGGAUCGCAGAGAUGACAGAGGUGGUUUUGGUGGUGGUGGUCGCAGGGCAUUUGGCACUGGUUACAGGCGCGAUGAGGGAGGACAGGAUAGCUACCGGCAGGAUAGCUACCGGUCGGAUAGCUACCGACGGGAUGACUACCGGGUUAGUGGGGAUCGUUAUGGUGACCGUGGUAGUGAUCGAUACGAGAGACGGGAGGAAAGCCGGGAUGACAGAGGUGAGAAAGGUGCUGUCGAGAGGCCCAAGUUGAUCCUGAAGCCCCGUAGCGUACCCAAAGAGGUGGAGCAGAGCAACACACCGUUUGCCCCCUCAGGCAGGGCUGCCUCCAUCUUCGGCGGGGCUAAGCCAGUGGACACGGCCGCCAAGGAGAGAGAGGUCGAGGAGAGGCUGAAGAGGGAACAGGAGAAACUGCAGCGACAGCUAGAGGACAGGAUCCCAGACCGCAAGCCCAGAGAGAGGCACCCCAGCUGGCGCAGUGAGGACCAACCUGCAGAACGCUCUCGGACGGGCAGCGAGUCUUCCCAACCAGGCAGCCAGUCUGGCAGAGCCUCCAAGCGCAGGGAGAGUGAGCGCUCGGUGGACAGUGGUCGUGAAGAGGAGCCCUCCUCCCCUGUGACCCUGCCCCCUCCCAGACUGGACGGGCAGCCCCUGAAGGUGGUGUUUGCCCCGCCCCCCAAGGAGAACGCCUGGGCCAAGAGGACCACGCCCGUUGGGGGCUCCAGUGAGGGCUCGGCUGGGCAACCUGUCGCCCCCAGCAGUGAAACAGCCCCACAGCUCACCAGCUCCUCAAGCUUAGCUGAUGAGGUAAAUAAAAAAGAGGUCGAGCUCAGCGAAUAAGUACAGUAUGCAGCCUUGCUAUAAUGGACGCAGACCCACAUGACAAUAUGGAGGACAAUGCAGAUAGAGGUGGAAUGGAAGAAGUGAAGAUGUUUGAUGCCAAAAGAGUGAGAUCUCUGCUCUGCACCACAACCUGGCUGGAGCAGCACUACAGCUCCCUUCCUGCUAACCUGCUUCAAUAGAAACCCACCCCACAGUGCUGACUGGCUGCACCAUCAGGACUGUACCUAAACAUAGAGAAAUAAUGACUGGUUUUAAGUAAAAGAGACUGGAGGUUGAAGUUUUAAUCAUUAUAACAAUUUUGAAAGGUGGGGUUGAGAAAACAUGUAUUGCUACGGGCGUCGUCGCCACCCACCACCAGUCUAAAUGCUGGACUAUGUAAGCUGUCUGAGCUCUGUAAGCCUGGUUAUGCUAAUGAUGGAGCGCCUGUGUCCAAGAGGGACAGACAAGAGUUUUAAUAAAAGAAAACAGACAGUCUCCUUAUUUUAGGGGGCUUUGCUGACAUACCUUAACUUCUUUUUGACUAUGAGGGAAGCAAUGUUUGUGUUCCUCUGAUCAUCAUGUAUAGCAGUCAUUAGCUGCUUCUUUCCAGGGUCUUUUCCAAUACACUGUCAAUGGCUUCCUGCUUCCUUCACAGAAAGGAACCGCUUCCUUCUCUCAUCCGGACCUGCCUGGAGGUCAAUGCCAAGGCAACCAUGCCAUGGAAAAUCAUAUGAGCUGUGUGAUAAAUGUUUUGGAGGCAUGCUCUUCACUCACUCUUAUCCAUGUGCCAAGUGUCGACUGGCAUUUAAUGCAGAGGAUGUUUCAGCAUUGUCGUAUGUAACCCCACUAUCACAUGUAACUGAAGGAGAUCUCAUUAAAUGUUUCUGGAUGUUUCUGUUUCUUUAUCUGUUACGUGCAUGACUGUAGAACCAGACUCUUACUGUUCUUUAAGCCAUGGGAAUGUCAAGUCACCCUUAACUCACUAUGGGGAGCUUUUAAGAGUGCGAGAGCUUGAUAUAAGGAUUUUUUUAUAUAGAUAUACCCCAAAGGUAAUGGUACGCCACUGCUAAAUUAUGCUGUUUUGAUUGUCGAAUCUAACCCCUCAUUUCCCACCUUUAAACAAUAUUCACCCAGAUUUCGGUUUCUAGGUGUAUUUUUGUCACAUUUUAGGUUCACUUCAAACAGAUGAAAAUGUGAUAUUUAUCUUGUAAUAUCCUGUCUAUACAAACCACCUCUUUCUUCACAUCCCUGAUCUGUAUGACCCUCAGGUUGUGAUCUCUUAACUUUGUGUGACAGGACUCAUUAAGCACAGCAUAUUUAGGGUGGGUUCUCUGCUUCGGAACGCUGAUAGUAAACAGGCAUUUCUGUGUAAUUUUGAGGGGGGGAAGAGAGAGCAGGGAACAAGACUCAGUGUGUCUGAGGAGUAUAUUGUAGCCUGAAGCUGGUCCAGCUGCAUGUGCUCCGAGUCACUGUUAAACUCUUGACAUUUUCCCAGCAUCUUUUCCUGCUUGUCUCCCAUAUGGUCUAUUCCUGGAUACCAAGGCAGGCGCCUCCGCCCCCAGGGGAAGUCUAGAUGUCCUAUCCUGGGAGGGAGAGACAAAGCCCCUGGCUGUGUUCAGUUAAGGGGGGUCAGUAAUGGGAAAUGUGUGGAACACUGCCUCAGAUCUGAAUUCAAGGUUGAAUUAAAGGAAUUUUACAAGGUAAUACCCUCACCACAGCUUUGAGGAGUCACAGUUGAACUUUCUUCCCAAAAGCAGCUUUUAUUGGUCACUUUUGAAUGUGAAUCUAUUAAAUUUCCUACCUAACCGCC